CACUAGCAGGUGUCGCAAAAUGCUUUGACAGUCCACCCGUAAGGAAAUCGACAGUUUGGGACUGAAAAAUGAGCGCUGAUGAAAUUCCAGCUCUUGCGAUUCGCUCCAGCGUGGGAGUUGAAUUAUGGAAGACGACAAAAAAUGAAUUUCCGUAUGUCCCUUGCGAGAAAUUCCCUCGUGAUGAGAGCAAGCACUGUCGCGCCCUGCAAUUCAGCCCGGACGGUCGAUUUUUGGCAUGGGGCAACGGCGUGAAUGUACAACUAUGCCGAACAUUAGACUGGACGGUUGUAGCAUCAUUGCCACGUCCUAAGGCGUUCUACCUCAAGUUCUCGCCCCGUGGGAAAUAUCUAAUGACAUGGGAGAUAUUCACCACCAAUAAGGAGAACCCAGAGGGUAGUCCUAAUCUGUAUGUGUACGCAACGGAGAGUGGCGAGGAGGUGUAUUCGGCUGUGCAGAAGAAGCAGGUGGACUGGGAACCCGGCUGGUCGAAUGAUGAAUCCAUUUUCGCCAUCAUGCUGGGUGGGGAAGUCUUCUUCUUCGAAGUUAAUGGACCUGAUGGCUUCAAGACGAGCACCAAGAAGCUCGGUGGGGGACGCAAUGGGUGCAUUUCUGUAGCCCCCAAUCACGGUCAACCCUACCUGGCCUUCUACGUUCCAGGCGUCAAGGGAUCUCCCUCAAUGUGCAAGAUCUACCAAUAUCCCACACUCAAUCCCACGCAAGCCAUCAGCUCCAAGAGUUUCUUCCAGGCUGACAAGGUGGAGAUGAUGUGGAAUAAACGCGGCACAGGUCUCCUUCUACUCACCAGCACCGACGUGGAUCAAUCAAACGCCUCCUAUUAUGGCAAACAAGCCCUCCACUUCAUGUCCACGAAGGGGGAUUCAUUUGCUGUGCAACUGAGCAAGGAAGGUCCUAUUCAUGCUGUCGCAUGGAGUCCCAAGUCCACGGAAUUCAUUGUCGUCUAUGGAUUUAUGCCAUCCAAAGCUACCCUCUUCAAUCUCAAAUGCGAUGCUACAUUUGAAUUUGGUGAGAGCCCACGAAAUUGCCUGUACUUCAAUGACUUUGGAAACUUGGUGUUGCUGGCGGGAUUUGGGAAUUUGCGUGGCUACGUGGAGUGUUGGCAACUCGGGAAGGAUCGAAAGUGCAUUGCAACGAUGGAGGCUCCGGAUUCAACGCUACUCGAAUGGAAUCCCAAUGGGGAGAUUUUCGUAACAGCCACCACUGCUCCACGUCUUCGACAGUCCAAUGGCUUCAAAGUGUGGCACUACUCGGGUGCAUUACUGCAUGAAACAAUGUGGCCAUCUGGGCAAGAACUUCUGGAGGUACAAUGGCAAAAAUUCCAAGGUGGAUUCUUCAAGGAGAAACCCAUAACAGGUGAAAAGGUCAUGGGGAUUCAGUCAGCUCAGCCAAAGGCCAGCACGCAGGCCUACCGUCCACCAGCUGCCCGUGGACUACCCAUGAAGGCGUUUGAUCUCUACUCUGAUGCACCCCAAAAGAGCACCAUUCCGGGCUUACCACCGGGUAUGAUGGCGAAGAAUGAGAAGAAAAAACGCCAUAAUACAAAGGAUAAGCAACAAAAGCAGCGCCCCAAUCAGCAGAACAAGGCAGCAGAUGGGCAAAAGGGUCAGGUGGUAGAUGGGACAACCACCGACACAUCCACUCAGGGGACUCAAAAUGAUGAUGGGGGUGAGCAGAAACGACCAAAUGGGAAUCGCAUCACAACUGGAGAUCCUCAGAAGGAUAGAAAAAUUCAGAGGAUCCAGAAAAAGUUAUAUGACAUCAAUAAGCUGAAGGAGAAGAAAAGUAGCGGAGAACUCCUCAAGGAUACCCAAUUGGCUAAAAUUGACUCCGAAGCAGAUCUCAUUAAGGAGCUGCAAUCCCUCACACUUGUGGCCUAGUGAAAAAUGCUCCACACUAGACUAAUACUAUUCCCGAAGAAAACCACAACACAGACUUAUUGAACAUUUUUCUACGUCUCAAGGAAAACAAUAGAUAGCAAAGUAAAAAAAAUCCUGAUCAACGAAUCCUGACAUCAUUACAACACUACAAAACGAAAAAUCAGGAUUGGGCGGAGAAGUGAGCAUAAAGAAUAAUUUUUAGAAAACACCAAGUUGUUACACACAUGUUAAGAAAAAUUUUGAUGGAGACACAAUGAGAAUGAAAUAAAAGGAAAACAUUUAUUAUUUUAAA